AUUGUGCUUAAAAUUUUUGGCUUAAGACGGCGACCCUUCAGUACCAUAUGGAACAAGUGAAAAAUUUUCCAGAUUUUAUGCCCAACAAAAUGCUGUUAAAAAUUGAAAACACCCUGUUACGAAGCCAUCGACAACGUGAAACCACUGGAAUUAAGAAAUUGUAUAACUCGUUUUUCGUCAUGUUUUAACUAAAAGACUUGUGUGUGUUCGGCGAAAAGUGUUAUCUAGACAUUAAAAAUUGUGAUUCGAAAAU